CCUCCUCCCUUCCCUUGAUUUUUGCGUCUCGAAUAACUACCCUCUCUUUCAUAGUCAUCACUCGCCUUUUAUCCAUUGUGCUCCCUUCGAUCAUCAACUGUUACUGCAUGGUUCCUUCCAUCAUCAGCUCUCUCACUGUCUACAGAGUCCCCUGCUCUAGGCAUCUCUCUUGAGACCUAGGUGAAGUGAGACUCUUAUUCCCAACUUGCCGGGUCUCUAUGGCUUCGAAUGACAGUUCAAGUCCCUCCCCCUCUCCGUCAUCUCCUAUGUCACCUUGGCAUAGAACCACUUACACCCGCCUCCAAAAUACUUCUACAGAGACCGACUAUGGCUACUGCCGAUCCACAAACACUUUUGAGAGGCUCUGUACUCCUAUGAAAACAAUGCUACCACUGCUGUUGCUGACCGAUGGGGAUACUCUGGUCUUUAUCGACCCCGCUCCCCAAGACCGCUCCAAGAACAAUGUCUUGACCCCGAACAUUCCCCACCGGGUUCACAGCGAGAAACUCUUAGCCACAGGGUCAUCAUACCUCCUUCGACUCUUCAGCCCCCGAUGCCAAAUUCAAGUGCGAAAGCGACGAGGCUUCUCCAACGGCCUUCCCUCGGGCAUCGAGUAUGUGAUCGAUUUGACUCCUCCCACCGUGGAUGAGGAUGCCAUUAUCUUUUUGACGGAGGUGUCCUGCCCGAUGGCAAUUCGAACCUGGGCUUUGCGCCAGGAAGAGUGGAAUCUGCCGUCUUCUUGUGUCGGAGGCGAGGACGAACUAGAAGUGUUACCCGACGUCCCGGAGACCCCAAUGGGCCAUCGCAACACGAUAUCAGCCGCCGAUGAUGACAGCACCGAGGCGGAGGACGAAGGUGUUUUCCUGGAUGUAGGCGCGAACCCCCCGUUGCGGCCUCAGCCCCGACGACCAACUGGCACUGCUUUGCCCGUCGAGUACUCAGCAAAGCGCCAUCGCGAAGGUAUCGAACACAUUCUGCACGUCUUGGAAGGCUUGAAUGCAACACUGGAUACUCCGUGCAAACUGUGGACUUUUUUUGCAGUCGCCAAACUUUUUGACGUUGCAAAGGUCCCCGCUGUGAAAGGGUAUAUCAUGUCUUGGUUCUAUCACUCCACGAACAUCCGAUUCAUUGAGAUCCACCCCGAGAUCUCAUAUCGUGUCUCCUGUGGAAUCAAAGUGAGCGCUCUCUGCGCGGACUCGUUUGUUGGAUUGGUCGGAGAUGAAGCAAUUCUCUACAUGAUGCGAGAGGCACGUCUCGCGCCGCCCCAAUCAUGGGCACCUAUUUUUGAUCACAGCCGUAUUGCCGACUUCUUAGAUGACACCGAUGUGCAGCGCAUCGAAUACGCGAGUAAGAGUUUCGCUGGCACAAUUAUCGGUGAUUUCUUGUUUUUGGCUGGGGUCGACAUGCCGUGGGUAGCACAGAUCGUCCAAUACGGAAGACUAACUCAGCAUAUGCAAGACUUUCCGGAGGAUGAAGGUCUAGUACGUGAGCUGGAAGGUUUGCUCAAAGACUACAUCCGUGAAAGGAUCUACCGCGUUUUAUGCUCCUCCAGAGACCCUCGUCGAUCAUGCAAUGUACCCGCACCAUCUGAGCAUGACAAUGACACGAGCCGGCUUGACCGACCAUCGGUCGUUCGCAUCAUCGGCAGACCAUUCUGGCGUGAUCUCUUAUCUCUGGAUCUUGAGUCGAGCAUCAUUGGUCCACUCGAAUCAUACCAUCAGUCGAUUACUGAUAUUGGCAACGGGAUAACUGCUUUUGCAGGUCACGAACUUGCUAGCAUCCGUUCUGUUCCCAAAUCUUCCGUUGAACAAAAAGUUCGGGAAUUCAACAUGAGGAUAAGAUCUCAAGUAUCCCAGAUCCUUUUCCACCCUAGCAGACGCAGCACGCUAGGUGCAAAUAUAAAUGCAAAUAUAAAUCAUUUGUCAAACCCCUUUGCCAACAUGAGUCGCCCAUUCCAGGCCACUGGACCCCCCAUGGCGACUGACGACAGACACAACAAGCACUUGACUAUUAAUUUGCGAUACCCACAGCUGGUACAGCCUGCUGCAAAUUCAGCCCAAAACGAGCGACUGCUAAAUCUGCCUUAUCGCCCACUUUGUCAACCUUCUUCCGAUGAGAAUCAGAUCCCAGAGCGCUCGUCGGAAGAGGGGACCUCCGCGUUACAGGGUUCUGUCCCGGCAACCACCACUGCUAGAUUCGACGCGCAAGAGAGGACCUUCGACCUAGAUCUUUUCCUUUCUAGUGCCUACGACCGGAUCAUUGAGAUCUCACGAACUUUGCUCUACGCACACGGUGAUGCCACCGCGGCACUCGAAGCUACCGAAACUCUUUUCUCGUUAACCGACAAUCAAUUCCAAUUUCUGCCUCUCUGGGCAGGCGGCAAUGACGAUGGAUCAGGAGGUGUAUUUAUCGACCAGAACAUUCCAGUAAUGGAAACUGGGGGCUUCUCUGCACCGGGUCCCGCUGUGCACACUGGCAGCGUAGCUUCAACCUACACGGACAAUUCACUCAGUGACAUCGAUCCGGAUGAAUCCCUAUCCACUAUUCAAGGUGCAUCCCACCAUGCCACCUACUCCCAUCUCUCCGAUCUCUUGUCCGUGGACUCUUCCGGAGAGAUAUCUCGGGCACACCACGAUGGGCCAGUUCAAACACAGAGUCCUGUCGGUUCUGCGCCCUCAUCCACGACUCUUUUAGACGAUGUGUACGACUUUGAUGUUCGGAGUGAUGGUGGUAGUACUGUUGUGAUGGGCUCGGGUUGUCUCUCCGACAUUGAUGAUAAUGAAGAAUUCGAUAUUGAUAUGGAGCAUCCCGAUAUCGAUGAUGAUGAUAAUGAUGACCACGAUGAUUAUUUGCGUGAUGGCCAUGAUGAUGGCUUCGAGCUGGUUGAUCCACUCUGAUUUCAGUCUGCCCACUGCCUGAAGCUUCUAUAUACGGCUUUUUUUUCCGUCUUUCAUGCUUAACGAGAUAUGACCAGCUAAAGAUCAACGAAAACGAGCUGCAGGUUGCGCUGAAGCUGCCCUGUCUUCAGCCCCGUUACAGUUUUAUGGGGAGCUCAUUUGUGUCCGUUUUCUCUGAGAUUAGCAUCAAUACCAGCAUUAUUCUUACCAGAGAUACCUUUACCUUCUACGGGGUAGCUCUCAGUAGAAUCAUUUCAAUCUCCUUUGGUAGACAUGGAAUAGCAAU